CUCCUCCUGUGCGUUUCACUGAAAAUGUUUCGCUCCCGUUUUCAGAGGAAGUCUGACAAAGCACAAACCAAAAUAAGGGGGGAAAAAGUGCAUGAUUCCUAUCAAAUCUAGUUUUAAUAGAACUUUGUGUUGACAAUCCAAUGUCAAAAUAAAAUAAACAGGACAGUGAAUAUACAGUUUAACGUGACCAAUGGGGAAGAUGCAUAGAAACAACAGAAACCUAAUAAGAAAACCUUUAAUCAUAUUCAACGAUGGGAUGUGAGAGGUUCUGAUUAUUCAGGAGCUUUGUUUCCAGUAGCAACGUCCUUUUCUUUGAUGUCACAGCUUUUCUUUCCAAGUGCUCACUGAAAAUAUUAGAUUAGAAAGCUUUUCUCAAUUUGAUAAUGUGUUCAAAUAAUGUGUAAUGUGUUUACCACAGCAGUGAAUUAGCCGUUUGUGUGAGUUACAUGCAUCACAUUUCUCCCGUUAGUCAUAGCUCUCAUCUUUUAUAAGCUCCUGGUUAAACACCUCAUUCCUUUAGUUUAGACUCAUCAGACUUAGUUUAGUGUGUAGUGUAGGAGAGACAUGAUGAGUCACAACAAAACCAGUAGAGCAGACGUCUUUGUUUUUAACAGUUAUGUUAUUUUUUUUAAUUGAUGAACAUUAUUUUACUCACACUUGUUGCUUUAUUAUGUAUCCUUUCACUAAUGUAUUGUACAGUCCAAUUCAGUUCAAAUAAAGAUUCCUAAUCAUUAUGGAGCUCCUGUAGUACUGUAUCUGGUUCUGACACUUUAUACUCAGACUCUUAUUCUGAAAGUCUUCAUCCGGUCGCGUGAAGGCUGGACCCGCUGCUGCUGCUGAGAGCGAUGGAAAUGUCUGACUUGACUCUGGACGAAGCGCCCGCGGUGUCAAAGAUCUGGAUGGUUCUGAGGCGGCUCGACAGAAACGAUGACAGGGUGGUGGCUCUGCGGGAGGCGUCCAUCCCCGCGGCCGCUGACGUCACCACCACGAUACAGAUCAUCACCAGCACCUUCGGGAUAAACUCCUCGGAUGUUGCAUUCAAGAUGAGGAACCAACGCGGCUGCUUGAUCCCUCUGAACGGCUCCAUCCGCGCUAACAGCAAACACACGCCUUAUGUGCUGGAGGUGGCCAGGUUCUUUCAGCACGUGCGUCCCCAGCGUCGAACCAUCCCCAUGACCGUGAUCAACAAGACCAUGAAGACGAGGCUGCAGAGCAUUGACAGGCGGAUUCAGAGACUGGAGGAGCUUCUGCCACAGAUCAACCUCAGACGUGACGACAGACUGAACCAGGAUAUUGAAUGUCUCAGCCAGAAGUUGAGAUUUCUUCAAAACAGAAUGCAGAUGCUCACAGCUGGAAGGGCGCGCUGACCAGAGCGCCUCUGUGGUGAACCAGCACUGCAGAUGUACCACUGUCACUGGGAGGGACAUCACAGGUGUAAUGGUCUUACCUGAGUAGAGGACAACAUUUAAAGUUUUAAAUACUAAUAUAACACCACAAAUGAUGAAACCACAAGCACAAUUUUUUAGAAACAUGUUUUAGCUAAGUAUUGAAUUUGUUUACCUCAAACAUCCCAGUCUGGUUCUAUAGGUGCCAAAAAACCACUGUUACAUAUACACUGGUAUGUAUCAACAGCUCAGAGUAUCGUCGUAAAAUGCUUUGAUGUGGAAAAUUAAAAAUAUUUUGUACAUUUUUUUACCUUCAUGGUAAAAGAUUCAAGCAUUUGGUGUAAUAUUUGUGACAUUUCUGUUACUGAGCAGUGUCUACUUGUAUUUAGAAAAACAACUGUGACCUGAUAUUGUUUGUAUUGUGAACUAUUUUAAGUGAACUAUUUUAAAUAAAUGAGAGAAACUCUG